GAGAAAAAAAUAUAGGUUUAUAUACAAGUGUAAGUGAACGCAAAAGCAGUCGGACAUAUACAUUGCUACAACCACAAAUAAUAACAUUUAAAGCGAACGAUAAUGUAUGUACAUAAAUAUGUAAUCUCAAGCAGAUUAAAAUAUAUAACUGAAAAAAAUUAAAUUUCAAAGUUUAGUAUCAAACAAAAAGGUCGAUCAGAGAACCUUUCGAAAGUUGGCGGAUUGCUGUAGUCAAAAGUAGUUUUUCGACAAAAACCAAGUAAUGGCCGAUGUGUGUCAGUGCUAGAUGAUCGCAGGUUUUCACUUUUAAUUAUUCUCAAUCAAAAUAAUGAGGAGAAACCCAAGCAACACUGUCCUAACCAGGUUACAGCUGCUAAUGUUGCUGCUCCAGCUGCUAACCGUAAAAAUCAAAGUGGUAGAUAGCCACAAAGUUACGGCUUCACUAAUUUUGAACCACAACUAUCCUGUAGAAGAGCACACGGUGCAUACCCCCGAUGACUACAUACUUACUAUUUACCGAAUUCCAACGUCCCCAAAGAGAAAUCAUCAAAACCAGACGGCCGAAAAACCAGUGGUCUUUUUGCAGCAUGGCAUCCUGUGUGCUUCAGAUGACUGGAUUAUCAACGGUCCAGAGACAUCGCUGGCCUACAUGUUUGCAGACGCCGGCUACGACGUGUGGCUCGGAAACGCACGCGGCAACACAUACUCUCGCCAGCACAAGCAUAUCCAUCCGGAUACGUCUGACUUUUGGCGUUUCAGCUGGCACGAGAUAGGGGUCUAUGACCUCGCGGCCAUGUUAGACUAUGCGCUGGCGGUAAGCCAAUCAAACUCUCUGCACUUCGUGGCUCACUCCCAGGGCACCACCACGUUCUUCGUACUGAUGUCCUCUUUGCCUUGGUACAACGAGAAGAUGCGUUCCGUGCACCUACUGGCGCCAAUAGCUUACAUGCGCAAUCACUCCUUUAUCCUGUCCAAGUUGGGUGGCAUUUUCCUGGGAUCGCCUUCUAUCCUAAGCUGGGUCUUAGGUAGUAAGGAGCUACUACCAAUCACGAGCGUGCAGAAACUGAUGUGUGGGCACGUCUGUUCAGAGGGCUCCAUGUUAAAGUUCCUGUGCUCUGGUCUGUUGGACUUCAUCGGAGGCUGGGGAUCAAGACAUUUAAACCAGACACUGCUAAAGGAUGUAUGUUCAACGCACCCAGCAGGGGCGUCUACCAGCCAGAUAAUCCAUUACCUACAGCUUUACAUUUCUGGCGACUUCCGGCAGUAUGAUCAUGGACGUGCGAAAAACGAGAUCAUUUACCAGCAGCCCACGCCUCCCUCUUACAACGUCCAAAAUAUUAAGUGCUGCGUAGACAUGUACUACAGCGAUAAUGACUAUAUGUCUGCAGUGAAGGACGUGGAGUAUUUGGCCUCCCUCUUACCAUGCGUUGAGCUAUACCGUAUUCCAUUUGACGACUGGAACCACUACGACUUUCUAUGGUCUAACAAUGUAAAGGAGGUUAUAAAUAAUAAGAUUAUAAACAAAAUGAUGAGAUACGACGAUUUUGUAUAAGAUAAGCGAACUUAACUUUAACUUUGUAGCUAAAGUUUAUCAAAAACUUGGUUACUGUAUUUAAUGUAGCAUGUGCGUGAUAUUACAUUUGGUAAUUAGCCUAAGCUUAAAGUUUUCAAGAAUUACACAUAUAUAUAAACAUUUCGUAAAAAAAAAUUAUA